CCUUAUCCUCCUUUCCUCGUCCUCCCGGCAGCCUUAGCGCCUUUCCCGGCGCUCCUCAAGAUGGCGGCCGACAGUGAGCCCGAGUCCGAGGUAUUUGAGAUCACUGACUUCACUACUGCCUCGGAAUGGGAAAGGUUUAUUUCCAAAAUUGAAGAAGUCUUAAAUGACUGGAAACUGAUUGGAAACUGUUUGGGAAAGCCACUUGAAAAGGGUAUAUUUACUUCUGGCACAUGGGAAGAGAAAUCAGAUGAAAUUUCCUUUGCUGACUUCAAGUUCUCAAUCACUCAUCAUUAUCUUGUACAAGAUUCCACUGAUAAAGAAGGAAAGGAUGAAGUAUUGGAAGAUGUUAUUCCACAAUCUAUGCAAGAUUUGUUAUGUAUGAAUAAUGACUUUCCUCCAAGAGCACAUUGCCUGGUAAGAUGGUAUGGACUACGGGAAUUUGUGGUGAUUGCCCCUGCUGCAAACCAUGAUGCAGUUCUCAGUGAAUCUAAGUGCAAUCUUCUUCUGAGUUCUGUGUCUAUUGCUUUGGGAAACACUGGCUGCCAGGUGCCACUUUUUGUGCAAAUUCAUCACAAAUGGCGAAGAAUGUAUGUGGGCGAAUGUCAGGGUCAUGGUGUCCGAACUGAUUUUGAAAUGGUUCAUCUUCGGAAAGUGCCAAAUCAGUACACUCAUUUAUCAGGUCUGCUGGAUAUCUUCAAAUCAAAGAUUGGAUGUCCUUUAACUCCUUUGCCUCCAGUUAGUAUUGCUAUUCGCUUUACGUAUGUACUUCAGGAUUGGCAGCAGUAUUUUUGGCCUCAGCAACCUCCAGAUAUAGAUGCCCUUGUAGGAGGAGAAGUUGGAGGCUUGGAGUUUGGCAAGUUACCAUUUGGUGCCUGUGAAGAUCCUAUAAGUGAACUCCAUUUAGCAACUACAUGGCCUCACCUGACUGAAGGUAUCAUUGUGGAUAAUGAUGUUUAUUCUGAUUUGGAUCCUAUUCAGGCUCCCCAUUGGUCUGUUAGAGUUCGAAAAGCUGAGAAUCCUCAGUGUUUGCUGGGUGAUUUUGUCACUGAAUUCUUUAAAAUUUGUCGUCGAAAGGAGUCAACUGAUGAGAUUCUUGGACGAUCCACAUUUGAGGAAGAAGGGAGAGAAAUUGCUGAUAUAACUCAUGCUUUGUCAAAGUUGACAGAGCCAGCACCAGUUCCAAUUCAUAAAUUAUCAGUUUCAAAUAUGGUACACACUGCAAAGAAGAAAAUACGAAAACACAGAGGUGUAGAAGAGUCACCACUGAAUAAUGAUGUCCUCAAUACGAUUCUCUUGUUCUUAUUCCCUGAUGCUGCUUCUGAGAAACCUUUAGAUGGAAGUUCUUCCACAGACAACAAUAAUCCUAUAUCAGGGAGUGAAGAUUAUAAUCUCUACAAUCAGUUCAAAUCUGCACCAUCUGACAGUUUAACAUAUAAAUUGGCUUUGUGUCUUUGUAUGAUCAAUUUCUACCAUGGAGGAUUAAAAGGAGUGGCACACCUAUGGCAGGAAUUUGUUCUUGAAAUGCGUUUCAGAUGGGAAAACAAUUUUCUGAUUCCAGGAUUAGCAAGUGGACCCCCAGAUCUAAGAUGUUGUUUACUACAUCAGAAACUACAGAUGUUAAAUUGUUGUAUUGAAAGAAAGAAGGCCCGUGAUGAGGGGAGAAAGACAAAUACUUCAGAUAUGCAUCCAGGGGAUGCUGGAAAAGCUGGAGACCAGCUGGGGCCAGAUAAUCUAAAAGAUAUGGAUAAGGAAAAGGGAGAGGUAGGAAAAUCUUGGGAUUCUUGGAGUGACAGUGAAGAAGAAUUUUUUGAAUGCCUAAGUGAUACUGAAGAACUUAAGGGAAACGGACAAGAGAGUGCUAAGAAAGGAGGGCCUAAGGAGAUGACAAGCUUAAAACCAGAAGGACGACUAUAUCAGCAUGGAAAGCUCACACUGCUACAUAAUGGAGAACCUCUCUAUAUUCCAGUGACCCAGGAACCAGCACCUAUGACAGAAGAUCUGCUAGAAGAGCAGUCGGAGGUUCUGGCUAAAUUAGGUACAUCAGCAGAAGGGGCUCACCUCCGAGCACGCAUGCAGAGUGCCUGUCUGCUUUCAGAUAUGGAGUCUUUUAAGGCAGCUAAUCCAGGUUGUUUUCUGGAAGAUUUUGUGAGGUGGUACUCACCCCGUGAUUAUAUUGAAGAGGAGGUUAUUGACGAAAAAGGCAACAUGGUUCUGAAAGGAGAACUGAGUGCCCGAAUGAAGAUUCCAAGCAAUAUGUGGGUAGAAGCCUGGGAAACAGCUAAGCCAAUUCCUGCUAGAAGGCAGAGGAGACUUUUUGAUGACACACGGGAAGCUGAAAAGGUGCUGCACUAUCUGGCAGUACAGAAACCUGCAGACCUUGCUCGGCACCUGUUACCUUGUGUAAUUCAUGCAGCUGUACUCAAGGUAAAGGAAGAAGAAAAUCUGGAAAACAUUUCUUCAGUUAAGAAGAUUAUAAAGCAGAUAAUAACCCAUUCCAGUAAAGUUUUGCACUUCCCCAAUCCAGAAGACAAGAAAUUGGAAGAAAUCAUCCAUCAAAUUACUAAUGUAGAAGCUAUAAUUGCCAGAGCCCGCUCUCUGAAAGCCAAAUUUGGAACUGAGAAAUGUGAACAAGAGGAGGAAAAAGAAGAUCUUGAAAGGUUUGUGAGUUGCCUUUUGGAGCAGCCUGAAGUGUUAGUCGUGGGUGCAGGAAGAGGACAUGCUGGCAAAAUCAUUCACAAGCUGUUUGUGAAUGCUCAGAGGCUGACUGAAUCUUCUGAUGAGGCUGCAGCAAUGGCUCCACCAGAGGAGGAACUGAAGAGAAUGGGCUCUCCAGAAGAGAGAAGGCAGAACUCGGUGUCAGACUUCCCACCUCCUGCUGGCCGGGAACUCAUUUUGCGCACCACUGUGCCACGCCCGGCUCCGUACUCCCGAGCUCUGCCUCAGCGCAUGUACAGUGUUCUCACCAAAGAGGAUUUCAGACUUGCAGGUGCCUUUUCAUCAGAUACUUCCUUCUUCUAAUUCUUCUAGAGCCACCUCAUUUAUGGCUUCAGAGACCAUGCUGACCCCUUCUGAGGGAAGAAGGUUGUGCCAGUCAGAACUUGAGAGGCCAUGAAGAGGACCUGUCUAGUCCAGUGAUUAGGAAUCAUACCAGCAUCUGAAAGACUUUCCAGCACCAUGCUUGAGCUCUGUUGUAUCUUGGUUGGGUUAGAGAGAAUGGGCUUGAGCUGUUGAAAGAUUUGUUCCCCAAAUCUUUGAAAAUCUUGAAAAACAUUUGACCUGGUCAGUGUUUGACCAGGAGUCAGGGGUAGGUUGUAGGGAGAUGUGCAGGGACCAGAAAAACAGCAGGAGCUCUCUGUACUCACUCCAGUGGGAUCUUGCUCAUUUAUUCUUUCCUGUGACUAUCCCUUAGGCUAUGGCCUUGCAUUCAUAGUCUGUGUAAACACACUUGUUGCAUUUGUUAGUAUCAGGUAUACAAAACAGAGUAUCUGUUAAUUGAGAUUUCUGGAUAUUUUGGUGGUAUCUUCUCUUCCCAGAAUCUGUGUUUUUGAAAUACUAAAUGACAUUCUGUUUAUUCAAUCAUCUAGUGGCCAUCUUGGUUGUACUAAUUAACUUUUGAUUAGUAUUUUGAAUAUUCUAGGAGAAAACUUGGAAUUUCAUAUAGUUUAUGUGUUUUUCCAUGUAACUAUGAUCUAAGUGUAAACUAUAUAUUAAAUGUCACUGCAAAUUAGUUUUGUAUUUUAUCUCGUAAGUUUUGUUUCUCUUGUUUUGUUUUUGGUUGCCUGUAAGAUAUCAACCUACAAACUUCUCUUCUGCUGUACAGCAUGCAUUUCCUUUUUUGUGAUUGCUGGCUAGAUACUAUAUUUAAUGGAGUAGCGAUGAGCACAUGCUACAAAUAUAGCUUUUGGAACAUGGAGAUUAUCAUGCACUUAGUAUAAUUUGGUGUGUGUGUUAAUGUAGUGAAUACAAGAUUAUUUCAGUGAACUAUUUUGCUUUGUGUCUUAGUUAAAAUGAAAAUAAUUGAUGUGGAUAUAUAGCACCCAGCGUAAGGAUAAUAGCAGCAUAUUUCUAGUUAUGUGGUGAUCAAGAUUAUUAAGUCUGUGUUGCUGUAUGGCCUCUGUUCAGUAAUCUGAAAUCUAUUUUUAAGUCUAAAGUUCUCAUUUUAAUCCAAAGCAAAAAAUGGUUAUACUGAAGCAUAGACCUUGCUAUGUAAUUUAAAGAAUUAAUAGAGCUGUGUAAAAACCCUAUUAUAUUAUUUUUGUAAAAAAAAAACAACUGUGUGUGUACGUAUAUAUGCAUAUAUGUACAUAUAUAUGUAUAUAAGUAUAUAUGAAGUAGGGGAGGCCCUGGUUGGUGACCUCCCAGCCUUCACAGUGCUUUUCUCUGAGAUGCUGAACUUGAUUGCUGCUGGCAAACCGUGCAGAUGCAGGCUUGAGUACUGAGUGCUGUACCAGGUAGAAAAUGUAUCUUUCAAGGACAGGAUUUGUUUGCUUUCCAAUGAGGAAGUUAAUAGCAAAGAAAUGUUUUUCAAAGAGAAGUUGAACUUUAAAAUGGCACUGUGAAUCUAAUAAAAAGGAAAGUCUUGCUUUCUCUGA